GGGUGUUUGACAUCGCUAAAAGACAUUUUUGAUUCGUAGAUAUGCGGUGGCCCAGCUCAAGAGAGUUGCUGCAAGUCAUCAUCGCGUUAAUUUUCUUCACUCCAGCCACUGCUCUCAACUGCCAGUUACCCAAAGAUAGAGGCUAUUCAUGCGAUGAACCCGAAACGAGGAUGUUCUACUACGACACCCGGAUAGGUGUUUGCCAACCGAUGAUGCACCGAGGUUGCGGUGGAAACGAGAACAAGUUCGAUUCAGCAGAACAGUGCAAAGAGCAAUGCAUGAAUAAGGGUAAAAAUACGACAAAUUCCAGUUCUACAGGUCUUAUAGUGGACGAAUGCGAUCUGCUAACGGAUGCCAAAAUAUCUGACAUUGCUACGAGCUGUGACAAAGGAUGUGGUAUAGGUUACGCAUGUAACAAGAAGGACAAAUGUUGUCCGAUGAAAGAAUACAUCUGCUCUUUGCCAGCAUCAUCGGGUUCAGAAACAAGAUCAAUGAAACACUACGCACGUUAUGUGUAUCAACCGGGUCUCUCUAACUGCAUCAGGUUCAGCUACUUUGGAAGUGGCGGCAACUUUAACAACUUCAAAACAUACAAUGAUUGCAAAAAAUUUUGCAUGGAGAAAAAACCCAAAUGAACAUUGCUUCAGUAAAUUAUUCACUGAAUUUUUCUCACGAUGUGGAUUUCCGUUAAAACAAC